ACGUAAAUAGUGAUCUAAACUUUAUGAUUAAACAAAUAGUUUUAUUAAUAAAUAAUGAACGUUCACAAGUUAUGGGAGUACAAAGAAUAUGUAAACGUGAACGGGGUCAUGCUGACGAGCGAACUGAUAUCCCUCCUGCAGAACUCCUUGACUUUACUCCAAGUUGAAAACCACUUCACUCACAUCCAGUACUGGGGGCAGUUGUACGCAGCGGACGUUGAUUACCAUAUAGCUGUUGGAAUCACAAACGAUGCCAUAUCUGAUCGAAAGUAUUUCUACACGACGAAUUUUAAAUUCUGGGGUCUACUCCCCAAGCCGAGGAAGAAGUACAAACUCCUUUCUUUGCUUACAACUUUCCCUUUCCGAGGGGACCCGUCGCUCAAGAUUAAAGUUCUUGACGAAUCUCUAGAAGAAACCAGUCCAGAAAGGUGUCAGUUUAUGAAAGAAGAAAGUCGUUUGGCAGCGACUAUAAGCAAUAUUUGUGAGGAAGCUGAAGUAUGCGCUAGAGGACAAUUGAUCAAGCAACCUGAUGGUGCAAUUGUUAUUAGCCCCAACUAUUGCGGGCUGACGUCAGCAGAGGCUAAGCAACUCAAGUCGUACCUACACAUUCGUCCUGCCCAGCAACGCUGGAACACAAACCUCCUCACCAGGCAGGAUUACAACUACAGCAUGGAUUUCUUAGACUCUAUAGAUCAGGAUAUUCCUAAUGGCUGCUGGAAUUUAUCUUUGGAACAGUCGGACAGUGUUGCCUACCUAAAAAGUCUAUACUGGCCUGGAAUGAUGUUCUUUCACAAAGUAGGGUCUCCUGACGCUGGAUUCUUAUACGUUGGCAAUGGUCGCAAGAACUUAGACGUGCCUUUUCUGCUUUAAAAUAAUAUAAUUUUCUUUGUUUAUAUAAAAUAAUUGUCAUCCAGGUGGUGUCGCUUAUGCCAAACUGACAGUACAUAUAUUUUACUACGAAUUAUUUUAUUCUUCCUAUUUUAACAUUAUAUCCAUUUCAUCUGAUAUUUAUGAUU